ACUGGCCGGGACCGCUUGCACCCUGUUCUCCGACAAGGGUUGCCGGGGUCCAAGCGCCUCUGACCGCCUGCAAUUCGCGAUGUUGUGGUCUCAACAAACUUGCGUAACCCGUUAUUAUGUACGCCUUCAUUCGCCCAGGGCGUUGGUCUCAGAUCUCUCUACGCAUUCAAAGGUUGAACCAAACGCCCGGGAGUCCAUCGGCAUUUCUCAAGCACUCACCUUCGUAUGUAUGGUCAGCGAACGCGUCUUAUCGCAAGACCACUGGAGGGUGCAUAUGCUAGCGGUGUGCCGCAACUGCCGCCAAGGAUCACGCAGCUCGGGAUGUAUCACGUCGCCCGCGUAUAUAUAAUCAACAUGGAACGAUGAGGCGGCCAUUCACCCACCUCGGACUCGGGAUCGGACUCAGAAUCGCCAUGUCUUCCCAAGGAGAGAAGGGUCAUGUCUCGUUGUCUGAGCUACCCCAGCCAGCCCAGAGCCCUAGGCGACCAUUCUCGCGACUGGCUCCUCUGAAAUGGAUUCUCACUCUCGUCUUCGCGUCUGCGGUCUGCUACACCUUCCAGCCUGCGACCGGCGGCAUCCAGGCGCUCUGGGAUGAAAGAGACGGUCACGUAGAGACGGCCGCCUUGUGUCCUCAGGCGACUGCGCUGAGUCCUGAGACGAACACGGGGUUGUUCAAGACGCUCGCCGAGACUUACAAGACAGACAGCUUCUUGUACAGGGCAGUUGAAUUGCUGGGCGGCGCCGUACGAAUUCCCACGCAAUCUUACGACGAUUUGGGUCCUAUUGGGGAAGAUCCUCGAUGGGAAACGUUCGGUCCCUUCCACGACUACUUGCUGAAGGCGUAUCCCCAGAUUCAUGCCACGUUAAAGCUCACCAAGGUCAACACGUAUGGCUUGGUGUACGUUUGGAAGGGCACAGAGGAAUCGCUCAAGCCGCUCUUGCUGACGGCGCACCAAGAUGUUGUUCCUGUGAACCCUGACACUUACGACUCGUGGACGCAUCCGCCAUUCUCGGGGUACUUCGACGGCAAGUACGUCUGGGGCCGUGGUAGCAGAGACGACAAAAGCGGUCUCAUUGGUAUCAUGACGGCGGUCGAACUGUUGCUCGAGAAAAACUUCCAGCCGGCUCGCACCCUCGUUCUCGCUUUCGGAUUCGACGAGGAAGUCAGCGGCCGCAGGGGCGCAUCCGCACUCGGUGACUACUUGCUGUCGACCUACGGCGAGAACGCUUUCGCUAUGCUCGUUGACGAAGGAGGUUCGAUCUCUGAGCAAUACGGUGGCACGUUCGCUCUCCCCUCAGUCGCAGAGAAGGGAUACAUCGAUGUGCGCGUUGAGAUGGCCGCACCUGGAGGUCAUUCCAGUGUCCCACCUGUCCAUACGACUAUUGGUAUGCUUGCCGAGCUCCUCGUUCACUACGAGAACAAUCCCAUCGAGGCGAAGCUCUCUCGCGGAACUCCCACGUACUGGCAUGCCGAGUGUCUCGCAGCUCAUGCCCCAGAGUUGCCCUCUUCCAUCCGCAGCUCGAUGAAGAAGGCCAGCUCGUCAGACAAGGCACUGAAGGCGGCUCAAGACGAGCUCUUCAAGGACCCGACGUUCAAGGCGCUUGUUGGCACUACCCAGGCGAUCGACAUCAUCGGUGGUGGCGUUAAGUCGAACGCCCUCCCUGAGAACGCGAUGGCGGUCAUCAACCACCGUAUCGCCACUGACAGCUCCGUGGGCGCUGUCCAAGAGCACGUUAUUGCGGCUUUCAAGGACCUUGCAGCGAAGUUUAACUUGUCAUUUACCGCUUUUGGCACGAGUAUCACGGGCGAUGCACCUGCUUACGGCUCGCUCGCGCUGAGCGACGCAUGGGGAACGGCGCUGGAGCCCGCGCCUGUCACGCCGACGGGCGCGAACGCCGCGCCCUUCCAACUCCUCUCCGGCACCAUCAAGUCGACGUUCAACGCGCAUCGCGACCUGACUGAGGACGGCAUCGCUGUCAUUCCCAGUCUCGUGUCUGGUAACACCGAUACACGGUACUACUGGACGCUCACGCCCCAUAUCUUCCGAUACACUCACUACAACGCGGGCAAUGGCAGUGGACUGAGUGGUGUGCAUACCAUCAACGAAGCUUGCGACGCGCAGAAUUUCAUCGAGAUGAUACGGUUCUUCACGACGUUGAUCCUGAAUGUAGAUGAGUCCACGGCACUCUAAUCGCAAUGAUGGUGUAUGAAGGAAUUCAUUGGGAAAUGAUGACCUAAACGAAAUGAGACACACUUGUCGAGCAUCAUUAUGAU